UUUUCCAUCAUGUUCGACCUUAGCGAAAAAGACUCUCUCGCCAGUUUUUCAGAUUUGUUGUCAGGGGAUAGAAGUGCAUCAUCGAACAGUUUGAAACUCUUGCAACUGCAGCAUGGAAGACAGGAAUGUUUUGAUUUGCAAAAGAAGAAGCAAGUCAAUGGAAGUCGCAUUAAUGCAGAAUUUUCCUCUGAAACUAAAUUAGUUCUGUCUCCAUGGGAACAGUGGAUUUUGAAUAAAGCCAAGGAGGAGCAUCAUAGGAAACAAAUAGAGAAAAGAAAAAAGCAAGAACUAUGUCGGACUACCCUUCUUAAACAACAUGAUGAUCGAGAAAAGGAGAAACGAUCAGAUAACGUAAUACAACAGUGGCUUGAAGAGAAACAGAAGAAACACAAAGAACAGGAACGUAAAGAAAGACAGUUAGAACGUAUGAAGAGACAUGAGAAGGAACAGAAGCAAGCGUUAAUAAGUAGUAUGUCAGAGCAGAAAUUUGCAGAGUGGGUUGAAAGGAAACGAAAGGAGGACGAGAAGAAACAUGGUGAAAUGUUGAAGCAGGCAGCACGGGAGGAAGACGCACUGUAUCAACGACGAAUUGAAAGUGAGCAAGCAUACAAUGAUUGGUUAGCAAGCAAGAGACGUGGGCGGUCACCUCGCCAGUCAUCCUUUCAUAACCCAAUACCAUGGCACGACUGUCUACCAAAACAAAAGCAACCAAAGUCUCGAAGGUUGGUCAACUUGCCGCCGUCGCCACCGAAUCUUUUCAAGGCAGAACGAACAUAGGAAAGAAAGAGGUAACACGCAGCACUUUUUACUGUUGUAGGUAGCGGUGACUAUACCCUAUAGGGUUAGGAUUGCGGCCACAGUGUGGCAAUGUUACAGUUAGUCUUUGUUGAGAUGAAACCUUUAGUUUGUGUGUGACUGUGAGAGAUAGUCAAA